UCAGUUGCCGAAUGUGCUCGUCUGUGUGUGUGUGCAGAAAACUAAAGGAGAGACUGCUGAUUUGAAGAAGGUAGUUAUUGCAACGAGAAAGGAAAGGGAAUAUUUAGCAAAUCUUUUAAAAGACUAAACUGGACCAGAGGACCUCUCUCCCUUGCAUACAUGUGUUAAAGGGAGGGAGGGGAACUGGACUGAAGGAUGUUUGAAUUACCCUCUACAGUAGUUAACUUGCGAGAGUAUUUUUGCUGUUAUUGAAAAGAGAAGUUUAGGUUCUAGUUGAGAAAAACAAGAUAACUCGAGCGCAAUGGAGAGCCAACUACCCGAGCCGCAAAGCUACGAGGACGUUCGAAAGAGCGGCUAUCUCCGCAAGCAGAAAUCCAUGCACCGGCGAUACUUCGUCCUCCGGACGGCCUCGGAGAGGGGCCCGGCCCGGCUCGAAUACUACGAGAGCGAGAAGAAAUUCCGCGGAAAGACACCCGUCCCCAAGAAAGUCCUGGUGCUGGAGACGUGUUUCAACAUCAAUAAGCGGGCUGAUGCGAAGAACAAGCACAUGAUAGUGCUGUACACUAGGGCGGAGAGUUUUGCAAUCGCGGCAGAAAACGAGGCGGACCAGGACGAAUGGUAUCAGGCCAUGGUGGAGCUGCAAUGCAAAAGUAAGGCGGCUACUACCGACACCAGUCUUGGAGGGGACUAUGGUGUACCCACCCCAGGCCCCGCCUUCAAGGAGGUGUGGCAAGUCAAGGUGUGGCCAAAGGGGCUGGGCCAGGCCAAGAACCUGGUGGGCGUCUACCGGCUGUGCCUGACCGACAAGACGGUCAACUUCGUCAAGCUCAACUCAGACGCCGCCGCCGUGGUCCUGCAACUGAUGAAUGUGCGGCGCUGCGGUCACUCCGAGAACUUCUUCUUCGUGGAGGUUGGUCGUUCCGCGGUCACGGGCCCCGGGGAGUUCUGGAUGCAGGUGGAUGACUCUGUGGUGGCCCAGAACAUGCAUGAGACCCUGCUGGAAGCCAUGAAGGCCCUGAGCGAGGAGUUCCGCCAGCGCAGCAAGUCACAGUCCAACUCCGGACCAGGAGGGGGCGCUACAGCCUCCAACCCCAUCAGCGUCCCCUCGCGACGCCACCACCCCAACCCGCCCCCCAGCCAGGUGGGCUUCACCCGCAGGCCCCGCACUGAGCCGCCUGGAGGGGCUGGAACUGGGGGCAACAGUGCCAACGCAUCGCCCACUCCCCGCCACAGCUUCCCCAGGUCACGCACAGCCAGUGACGGGGGUAAAGGUGAAGAAGGAGUGGGUGGAGUGUGUGGAGGGGUAGGGCAGAGUUCCAGUCCUACUACCAACGGGUCCUACUCCACCACGCCCAUCCUCAAGUCCAAAUCGGCCUGCUCGGCCCCCACCCUGGCCAAGAACAACCCCCUGGGCCUGAUGCGCUCCAUCUCCAGCCCAGCCCCCUCCCCGGCCCCCAGCCUCUCCUCCAGCUCUGGCCACGGCUCAGAGUUUGGGGUAGUGGUUGGUGCGACCGGAAGAGGUGGUGGAGGAGCAGGGGGCGGUGCAUACAGCCGCGUCCCCUCCCACAAUGCUUCCGUGUCGGGCUCCCCCAGCGACUAUGGCUCCUCGGACGAGUACGGCUCCAGCCCUGGGGAGCAAUCCUCCCACUCCCUUCUGGCCCCCUCCCCCAACAUGCCUGGAGGGUCAGCCGGGUCGGGCGGCCUGGGCGGCCAUGGUCAAUCCCUGGAUGACGAGGCUGCUAACUACAUCCUAAUGGGCCAGUGUAGUGGAGCCACGUCAUCUGGCUCUCUGCCUGCUGGUGCAUCCAGCUCAGCCCCUUCCCACCAGCCCCAGACCAGGAGGGUCCUGCGGCGCUCCUCCAGCCGGGAAUGUGAGGCCGAGAGGCGGCUGCUGAGCAAGCGGGCGUCCCUGCCGCCCAUGGCCCUGGAGCGCCUGGUCACACGGCCCCGCAGGGGGGAGGAGGAGCAGGACGAGGACGCGGCCGACUACGCCAUUAUGUCACGCAGCACUAGCAGGGAGUCCUUCACCACCUCCUCUUCACGGAGAGACUCUGAGAUAAGCCCCGGUGGAGGGGUGGGAGCAGGGGGGUACCUGGACGUGGCUGGAGCGUUGGGUAGAGGUGGAGGUAUAGUGCGGGAUAACGGCUACAUGUCCAUGCUACCGGGAGGAGUGACCCAACCCCCUGUCUCCCUCACCAACUCGCUUUCCGCCUCUGUUGCCGACGAGUCCAAGCCAGCGGACGACUACAUGGCCAUGACACCCAACAACAGCGUAUCACCGCCACAACAGAUCCGGCCCCCUCCCGGAGACGGCUACAUGAUGAUGUCACCCAACAGCAGCUGUUCUCCGGACCAGCGUGGUGGCCUGGCAGGCGGGGCCUGGGUGGGCAGCAGCAGCGCAGACAGCCGGGCGGGCAGCGACUACAUGAACAUGUCCCCCAUCAACGCCCGCUCGGCCAACAGCAGCCCCCCUCCCCCUGAGCAACUCCCUCAGGCAGACCACCAUCCCCUUCAGCAGGCCCCCAAGAUGGUCUACUCCUACUACUCACUGCCCCGCUCCUACAAACACACGCCACCUGGUGGACACUUUGAGGACGGCCGAGGCAGGAGGCCCAAUGGGAGCGGUGGUAGUAGAGGGGUUGGCAGGGCAGUGAGUGGUCGUCAGGACCCAAAUUUGGGUGCGGUCCAAGGUCGCCACCUGUCCUUCUCCUCGUCCUCAUACUCCUCCAGCUCGGCCAGCAGCGAGAGCCUAGGGGAGAACGAGGAUAGGUCUUCCCAGGGAGCAGGCCCCUCAGGUGGGGGAGCUCACUCUAAAGACAUAGGGCUCCUCCAGCAGAGACAGGCGGCCCCCAAGCAGGGCCAGCAAGGGCGAGCCAGGACCCGGCCGGUCAGCCUGUUUGUGGACGUGUCCAAAGCCAACACCCUCCCCAGGGUCCGGGAGAACCCCCUCCCCCCGGAACCCAAGAGCCCAGGGGAGUACGUCAGCAUCGAGUUCAAGCGGGACAAAAGCACCAGAGGAGGGCCAGGAUGUGGGGGAGGGAGGGGACUCAGACAUGGGAUGUCCCUCCCUCGCGGUUCCAGCCAGCGCCCCUCACACCAGCCCGCGUCCUGCCUGGGGGGGUUCCUGCCUCUCUCCUGCAGUCCCUCGGCCCCCCUGACGCCCCUCACCCCUCCAUUAGCCUCUGAGUAUGUCAACAUGGACCUGGGGCCCUCUCCGUCCCCCUCGCCCCUCUCCCUGACACCGCUGGGCUUCCCUUCCUUCCCCACCCCUCCUACGCCCCCUCCCAUAGCCCGGGCACCCAAGGCCCACGGCGAGCUCAGGGUGUCCCCUCAGCAGCAAGGGGGAACCGAGGGGGCUGAAGCGGGAUCCAGGAUAAACAGACAGACUACCCCCGUGGUGGUGACUCAAUCAGAGUCCCCUACCUCCUGCGGGGACUAUACAGAGAUGGCCUUCAGCCUGAACAACAACACCGUUGCCAGCUCGACGUCCAAUAACACCUCCCCCAAAGCCUCCUCCCCAGCCAGGCCCGAGCCCCCAGUCCCUGUCCUCACCCUGGGCUUGGACUUCCCCCUGGCCAAAACCGGGCCCAAAGUGAUCCGGGCCGACGCCCAGGGCCGCAGACGCCACUGCUCCGAAACCUUCCUCGCUUCCCCCUCUCUCCCUCCCCAAUCCUCCUCUUCCUCCUCCUCCAACUCCUCGUCGGCCGCCUCCCUCUUCCCGGAGCACGCCCAGGCUGUGGCUCGCCGGCUGGGGUUUGAGGGCAUGCUGUGGGGAAACGGAGCAUCAGCCGAGCAGCUCCCCUUGCAGUUCCUCCAUCCCGGGCCGGGCCUGCCCUCUGCCCAGGCUUUAUCCAUGGAGCAGGGCCUCAACUACAUAGACUUGGACUUGGCUAACAAAGAGAGCCCUCAUUCAGCCCUAGACGGGUCUUCAACUGUCCAGGCCAACCCCCUUCGCCUCUACUCGUCCAUGCUCACUGGGGGGGCUGGGGCGGGGGUGUCCGGGGCUAGAGUGGGGGGCAGUGUAGGCUCCAACCUCAACACCUAUGCCAGCAUCGACUUCUACAAGUCAGAGGAGCUGCGAACGCAUCAGAACGGAAACAAGGAUGGUACAGAAUGCUGAUGUCUAUGCCCUGGCCUUGGAAUUAUGGGGGGAAAUGACGGGAGUCUUGGAGAUCCCUAAGCUCCUCCUCAUCCUUUUGUGACAACCAAUGGGAAGAGAGGAGAGUUGGACUGGUCACACCCCUGAAGCACUUUGGAAAGACUUAUGGAAAACUUUUAUUUUGUUGCUUUCAGUUUAUUGGUUGUGAUACCAAUGGGGAUGAGUGCCAAUGAUAGCCCGUGAAGGGAAGACUCUAAGAUAAUACGAGAGGAGAAUAAAGACUGACCGCGGACUGGGAGACAAUUCUAUUUUUCGAUCAUCAACCUAAAUGAAAACACAAUUAACCAAUCAAAAAGCAGGAUUUCAUCUAAUGAUGGCUGAAUAUACAUAGUAUUGUAAGGAAAUGUAUAGAAAUAUAUAUCUGCUCAAAAGUGCCUCAUUUUUUUAUUGUAGCCAUUUUACAAAGAACGUAGCAUUGACUAAGGAAGUGAAGAAGCUUCUUUGUGCUCCUUUUCAAGUAGCAUAUGUUGUGGCAACCAGAUUUAACGGACAAAGAAGAGAGCACUGGUACUGGUAUAUAUUAUGAAUAAUAACGGUGAUGAUGAUAAUGAUAAUAAUUAGCUGGCCUUACUGUGUUACUGUGAGAGAUGUUAACGGCAUAGCUUCUAUUGACUUUGUGCUCAUUGCUUCAAUGUAACUGAUGGAUGUCUCCCUCUUUUUCAAUAUCUCUAUCUCUCUCUGCCCACACCUCUCAUCCAAGAAUGCAGAGUUAUUCUUCAUCACAUACCAACAUGCCCACAUACUAUACAAUAUGCUCUGGCUCAGAACAAUAUGUAUUUAAUGCACAAAGAGAGACACUUGGCACUUGUUGCAGGUAAAGACAACUAAAAAAACAAUUGUAUGGAACUAUAUUUAACUAUACAUUUUCGCAAUAGUUAUUUCAAAUACGUUUAUUAAUUAUAACACAGAAAUGGAUUACUCCACAGUUUCCCUAGUCUUAGCUUAUCUAUACUGAACAAAAAUAUAAACGCAACAUGUAAAGUGUUGGUCCCAUGUUUCAUGAGCUGAAAUAAAAGA